AUGGCUCAGAUUUCGGAUACCUUUCCGCGAUAUACUUUACCCGUGAUAGAGGACCCAUCAGAGGACCCAAAUGGAAAGCCUACAUUUGUCACCGACUCUUUCAAAAUUGCAGUUUAUCUCGACGCUAAAUAUCCAGCACCGAACUAUCCACUAGCGAUUCCUCCUGGUACCCAAACGCUUCAGAAGAUUUUCGCAGAACAAUUUAAUAACGAAGUAGGCUUUGCACUGGUACCCAUCGCACUCCCUUUGAUCGGCACACCCGGGUUUCUAGAUGAGCCCGGGCGUGAGCAUUUUAUUCGUACUCGCACUGCAUGGUUUGGCGAUCUUUCCAAAUUACUGGACACUAGUCCAGAGAAGUGGGCCAUCGUAGAAGAGAAGUGGAACAAAUUUGGCCAGGCCAUUGAACAUAAUGAUACCACAAGUGAAGCGGGCCCUUUCGUUAUGGGAAACCAACUAUCAUUUGCUGAUUUCGUAAUUGGGGGUUUCAUCAACUGGAUACAAAAAGUGGACGAAGAAGGGAUGCCACGCUGGAAACGCUUGUCUGAGUGGCAAAGUGGACGUUGGGAACGAUACUGGGACGAAUUAGAAAAACUAGGAAUGAGCUCAACCCAGGUUGUUUAA